GCUCAAACUGCAUUUGCAGCAAACCCAGUCAAUCCAGCAAUUUUAUCAGAGGCUUCAGCACCUUUAUCCCAGCAUGGAGGUUUGUAUCCCAAGCUGUAUCCAGAGUUGUCCCAGUACAUGGGUUUAAGCCUGAGUGAAGAUGAAAUCCACAAAAAUAUGUCUAUGGUGCCUGCAGAUGGAGUAAGUAAACGCCAGGUAGCAAGACCAUCUGCUGUAAAUAACAUGGUGGCUCCAAUAAGUGGAAGUGAUCUUGGAAUCCGGAGAGCAGAAAUAAAACAAGGACUACGUGAAGUUAUCUUGUGUAAGGAUCAGGAUGGAAAAAUUGGUCUUCGCCUUAAAUCGAUUGACAAUGGUGUUUUUGUGCAACUUGUUCAGACCAAUUCUCCAGCAUCUUUGGUUGGAUUAAAGUUUGGUGAUCAAAUUUUGCAAAUCAAUGGUGAAAACUGCGCUGGCUGGAGCUCAGACAAGUCCCAUAAAUUCCUUAAGCAAGUUUCCGGAGACAGAAUUUCCAUGGUUGUUAGAGACAGACCAUUUGAACGCGCUAUUACAAUGCACAAAGACAGCAAUGGACAUGUUGGGUUUGUUUUCAAAAAUGGUAAAAUAACUUCCAUUGUCAAAGACAGCUCUGCUGCAAGGAAUGGACUUCUCACAGAACACAAUCUCUGUGAAAUUAAUGGCCAGAAUGUCAUUGGAUUAAAGGAUUCCCAGGUUGCAGAAACACUGUCCACUUCUGCAAAUGUGGUUACCCUCACUGUAAUGCCAUCUUACAUCUUUGAGCACAUGGUAAAGAGAAUGGCUUCGAGUGUUAUGAAGAACUUAAUGGAUCACUCUGUUCCUGAGGUGUAA